CUUGCGCGCAAUGGCAACAAACCCGCUGUGCUGCUGUGUGACCGUGGGCUGAUGGACGGAUCCGCAUACAUCUCAGAGAUGUUGUGGAAGAACGUGUUGCAGAAGUUCGGGUACAACAAUGUGAUGCUGAGGGACGAGAGAUACGAUCUGAUCUUCUACUUGGUCACUGCUGCGGAUGGCGCUGAGGCCCACUACACACUCGAGAACAACAUGACACGCACAGAGGGUCUGGUUGCCGCGAAAGAGCUGGACACAAAGCUGCAACACGCGUGGAUAGGACACCCUCACCUGCACAUCUUUGACAACAGCACAGACUUUGAGGGCAAAAUGAGACGCAUAAUCAAUGCCGCGUCACUGGCGCUAGGGUUACCCACGACCAAGCGAAGUGCCAGGAAGUUCAAACUCAAGGGGCCCCCCGACUGGAACAGCCUCAAUGUCAAGCAUGAAACCUUCGAUGUAACCAAAGUGUAUCUCAGAGGGUCUCUAAUGCGCCCGGACAGCCGAGCUGAGUCGAUGGUCGAUGUCCGUUCCGAGAGUGCGGGAAAACUGGAAGCGUCUGAGCGAGUGCUGUACUCGUUUGUACGCCGGCGCACAACGGGGCACAAGUCAUCGUACAACAAAACAACCAUGAUCGAACUCAAUGAAGUCAUUGAUGGCAAGAUAAAGACCCGCACGUUCGAAAGGAAAUUGAUUAUGACAUCGCGUCAGUACAACGAUGCCAUUGUGAUGGCCGAUCCCGAUCGCAAUCAGCUGCUGCAAAAACGAACGUCCUUUCUGCACGAGGGAUCGUACCUGACUGUUGUGGAGUACAUGAACGUAAAACCUGGUCUAUGCAUCCUACGUGUACAGGAGAGCAAAGAUGAUGAGGAUGCGUUCAACAUGCCCUCUUUCUUGGACGUUGAGCAAGAAGUGGGCAAUGUGAAGGAAUACAGCGCAUACUACCUGUCCGUUCUGGGCCGCAGCUGAAGUGUUUGGAGUUUAGGUUUAGGGUUUAUGGUUGAAGAAGCAGUGCAGUGCAGCACAACCCCUCUCGAGGCUUAAUGUGUGACACGUAAAAAGCCUAAACCCCUAAACCCCUAAACCCCUAAAACGUACACAUAUAUAGGCCACAUACAAAUAUAGUUAGAAUGAAUUAGAACCAGCCGCCAAGUGGCGUUUAAAUGCUAGUCAGUCUCUUGGUAGGGUUAGGACUUGGGCAAGGAGGGCGGUUGAUUACCUACCGACGCGGUGGCACAGUUCCUCAUGGUAUAAUACGCCGGCUCUUCGUCGCUUGGGAAUAUAUUGGUAGCCCUUUCUAGACCUUGCAUACAUUCUCUAGUUAGAAAAUAGAACCAAAAUAAAAACAGAGGUGCACUCCAGUGUAAAUCAGUGGACUGCACCUAGCCGUAAAAAAGGA